CUCGGGCGUUGUUGUGCGGCUGCGCAGUGUUCCUGUGACUGGCACGGUAGACGGAGGAGACCCAGGCCGACAAGACAGCAUCAUGUCCGGCCAGUGGUCACACAGCACAGCCCGUGGGCGAGACUUCACCAGCAUCAUCCAGACAUGUAGUGGCAACAUCCAGAGGAUCACCAAUAACACUGCUCAGAUUCGGACUUUGUUGAAUCAGCUUGGAACCAGUAAAGAUUCUAGUAAACUCCAACAGAACCUACAACAAAUUCAGCAUUCCACUAAUGUUUUAGCCAAGGAAACCAACACUUACUUGAAGGAUCUUGCAUCUGUUCCCGCUCCAUUGUCUCCCACAGAGCAGCGUCAGCAAAAACUGCAGAAGGAGCGUCUUAUGAAUGAUUUUUCUGCUGCACUAAACCAUUUCCAAGCCGUCCAGAGACAAGUGUCCGAGAAGGAGAAGGAGACAGUAGCACGUGCCAGAGCUGGGUCCCGUCUGUCUAAUGAUGAGAGGCAGAAGGAAGAACCACUUGUUUCGUUUGACAAUAAUGAUGAUUGGAACCAAAUGCAAAGCCAAGAGGAAGAUCUUGGAAUCACAGAACAGGAUCUGGAACUUAUAAAAGAGAGAGAGAAUGCGAUCCAGAUAUUAGAGGCAGAUAUUCUGGAUGUGAAUCAGAUUUUUAAAGACCUGGCAGUAAUGAUUCAUGACCAAGGAGAGAUGAUAGAUAGUAUAGAAGCCAAUGUUGAAAGCGCAGAAGUUCAUGUAGAAAGAGGAACUGAGCAGUUACAGAGGGCGUCAUAUUAUCAGAAAAAAUCACGGAAGAAGAUUUGCAUCCUAAUCCUCAUCCUUGUUAUCGUAGCAGCUAUCCUAGGCUUUAUUAUAUGGUUGUCUGUAAAGUCCUGAUCCAUAUGUCUUCUGAUCCCAAGCCCAAGUCUUAUGAUGAUGUCUCCCACCUAUCUGUAAAUGCUGAUUUUCUAGUGUGCAAAAAGUCCACCCCAAGUAGACGUAAAGAGGCAGUGUUCCAAAAAGUUGUAGAAGUGGGACGCGGGAGUUCAAUAUACGUUGAGCAGUAUGACCGUCAUGGAUCGAGGGUAGAUUUCAAUAAUCGAGGACAACUAUCUAUGCAGCUGACUUACUAAUGGCCCACAUGAAGCUUGACAUUAAGGAUAUGGCAUCCCAUAGCACAUUAUGACACUACACUGAUCUUUCAUUCUGCUGCUAAGCACCAUGGGCUGUCGACCAGCCCUUUGUAGAUACGGUCUCACCUAUUAACCAUUGUUAAUCUGCACAAGGACCCUCCACCUCCUGCCCUUAGGUUGUACAUAAAAUCUAUAGCUUUUUCUGUGUUUAGAAAAAUGACAUUCAUAAACUUGUAUCUGUAGUGAAAAAGGAACCCUGCAAUAUUUUCUACUCUCUGGAUUAUUCUUAUGAUGUGUGUGCUAUGUAGAUGCACAUUAUUAUAAUAUCCUUGUAUAUACUUUAUCUCAUUAACUUUCUACUUUUUGAUGUUGAUGGGUCACACAGAAAAGUAGGUAAUAUAUCUAGAAGUUAAAAUAUGAAAAAUGAAUUAAACAAGGACAUAUCCUUUA